AGAACCAAAAAUCUAUGUACUUGCUCUUGCAGCUAUAUUGGGACAGGAAGCUGAUGUAAGGAGAGAAACGGAAACGUCUUUAUUGCCUGUGGAAGGAGAAGCAAGAUUUAUAUGCUUUGAAAAGAUCUACUGUAGUUUUCUGCCACUUAAUGCUAACAGGAAAAAAAACCCAACUCAUCUGCUUGAGGAGAUUCUGUUGUAAUGUAUCCAGUGCCUGCUGCUGCACCAGGCAGUGAAGGAAAUAAUGGACAACAUGGGAAACUUAUUUUUUUCCUUUUUAUUUUUGGAGCUAUGUUGCUCUGUGCUGGAUUCCUGCUUUCAGUCUUUAUUCUCCAGUCAUGCCCAUCUGGAACCUUCAGUGACUGUAACGAGGUCCUUAAGGCUGCUGGACCUGUGCUGGCUGUAACCGGACUGGCUUGUGUUCUACUGGCACGAUCAAGGGCCAGGCUGUACAUAAGACAAAGACAAUUGCAAAAUGAGCAGGUGUACAGCCUUGUUUUUUGUCGUGGGAGCUGUCAGUUUGCCCAGUUUCUCAUAUUUGGAUUCCUGUUCUUAACUAGUGGAAUGCUAAUUAGUAUCCUGGGCAUUUGGGUUCCUGGCUGCAGCCCCAGCUGGCACAGCAUACAGCUCAACCACACCGGCAGUUCUGAUGUGGACCUCCAGGGCUGUGGAUUCCUGUCACUUCAAAUCAUGGGACCUUUGAUUGUGCUUACCGGGUUGUGUUUCUUUGUGAUAGCUCAUGUUAAAAAGAAACAAAACUUAAAUCUCAACCAAGAAUCUUGUGAAAGUGAAGAACACCCUCAGAGCCCUGAAUCUUUUCAGGUUACAGUAGGUGAUGCUGUAAUGGUAUUCCCACCUCCACCACCUCCUUAUUUUGCUGACCCUCUGUCACCAACCAUGACACGCUGUCUUAUGUCAGGUGGUUUGCCUACAAGUGAAAAUCCUCCACCAUAUCACUCUAUCUUCAGUGAUGGAUUGUCCAAGAGAAAGUACCCGUGACAGCAGUCCCCCAGUGACAUGAUAUCCACACUGCCAGACUUUAGGAAGCCUUUGUAGAACCAAUGCAGCAAGCCCUUCCUGACACUGAUCCACAGGCCAUGUGACUCUGGGAAUGCCACUUUAGUGUGUUCUCUUCUCCCUGUGACCCUUAACUUGCUGCCUUGAGGAAGUGAGACCUGCCAUGAUUAUCUACCUUGUUCCUGCUGUGGCAGUGUGUUGAGAUAAAAGGAUACCUCAAUAUUGUGGGAGAAGAGCAGGAGGCUCCAAGGACCUUAAAAGGGAGGUUACAAUGCCAACUUCAUCUUGGGAUGUUGUACCUUACGCAUGCAGCCACUCUUCUAUAUAUUUAGUAGAGCUGAUUUGCUAGAUGCUGCCACCACCAAGCUCAGGGAGCAAGAGCUGCUGACUGAACUGAAGAGUUGUCUGCCCAGAAGCACUUGCAGGUUAUUUAUCGCCUGUGUGUUGCUGCCAGUGGGCUGCUAACUUCAGGAUGAAAGAGGUCACUGCAACGGCCACAUACUAGGAGCUAGAACUAGGUCUGGCCAGGAGAGCUAGAUGCAACCUGCCUAGAGCCCCCAACUUAUUUUCAGGCCCUUAAUGAUCCAGAAUUGACUUGGCUUUACCUUUUGGAAGGUCCUGUGUCAGCUUGGUUUUGACCUGUGAGUCAGUAAGUGGUGUGGGACUUUUUCAUUGGAUGACUUGGUUUACAAGACUUGGUUUACAUGCGGCAUCCUACGUGCCAUCACUGCAGCAAUAGCCCCAGCCUGCCUGGCUGUGUCCAGUUGUAGUAGUUGUUGGGGCCAUUGCUUUAAUAACUUUACACUAUACUCCAGACUUCUCCACUGAUAUGAGACAGUGUGUUCCAUGACCAGUUGUACCAGUUGUGCACCUGAUGUUGGUUCUUCUUCAAAACUCUAGUACUUAUCUUCCUUUUGAAGUGAGCAAGCACAAAUGCUCUUCCUGCCCAAAGACCUAAAUGCCACAGGAGGAGGAUACUUGUGUUAGCAAUGGUGUUUAUUCUUGUUACCAUGCUGUGUGCAGCCAUGUCUGUGGUUUUUCAGUCAUCCUUUGAAGUAUACCUGGUGGAUUCUUGAGGCUCAGCCCCACUCUGUUCUCUAGUCAAUCACCAUCAACAACUCCACAUAUUGUCCUUAAUUUCAUAGUACCCUCCUCUGUAUUUGUUGGAAACAGCAGAUGCCUCCUUCUGUUGCUGUUACCACAACCUAGACUGUUCUGCCAUCCAUCAAAAUCACUGGUUUUUAACACAGAAUAAACACCUUUCUGUCAAAAACCCUACUCAGUUUUCCUUGCUACUAUGCAACACUUCAGUGCACAAUGGCACUGGCCCCCAAACCAAAAGAUGAUCGUGUACAUGCCACCUAAGGAAAGGGGACGCUCCAUGUUUAGUUCCCACUGACGUUGAUGCUGUGUUGAGGGAUGCAAUGCCCAGUAAACCCUAGCUACACAUGUAAUUCGUUCAGUCUGGCGGUUUUCCACUUAAAUUGUUUCAGAGAUAGUACUUUUUAUACAAAGGUGAUGAGAAUCUGUUGAUUACUCAGUGCCCUAACCACCUGCCAAUUGAGGGUGGCAAGGGUAGAUGCAGGGAUGAGAAGAUGUUGGGGUUGAUCAAGCAAAAGUGCUUUCUGGAGAGCAGUGGCUUCUAUGACCAGGCACAAAUUAUUGUGUGAAGAAAUGUUGUAUUUGUAGUGUAUAAAAGUCUCUGCCUGUUCUCAGAUGGCAAGUGAAAUACAUCAGCUCUCAGAGCUACACUGCUGCAUUUGGAGGACACCCAGAGCAAGGAGGAGGGAAAAUAAACUCCUGCUGCUGAAAGAAGGAAUUUACAUGAAGUCUCUGUGUUCUUACUGGGCUGGGUGAAGGCAUCCACAGCUGGAAGGUGUUUCAUACCAGCUGCAGCUAGUCCUGGAGUUAGACACCACCCUGACCCUUGUCUGUGCUACAGCUCCAGCAUAUGCCUUAACUCCCAUCUGUCAUGUACAUCCCAGAUGUGCGUACAAAGGAAGUGGAUAUGUGUGGAGGAAUGACAUGCACCAAGAGUGAACCUGGACCUCUGGUAGCCCUGAGACAGUCAAUUCAAAUAUGGUCCAAGGACAUCCUCAAAAAAACAUUUCUGUUUAAAUACAUUUAGAAGACCAGGCUGGAGUGUAUGACUGGGGAAAUACGGGAACAUACAUGAAAGCUGUGUUCUGCUUGUAGCCUUACAAGCAUCUGAGAGAGAGUGACUCUUGUAUCACCUGUCCAUAAAAGUAAAAUGCACAAAACUGAGGGCCAGAAGUCCUCUCUACCCUAUCAUUUCAGGCCCUGAGUUCAGAUGUGGGCUGCCUGCCUGUGUGCUUGGUAAAACGUGUGCAUUAUCAAAGGGUAUGAAAGAAUGCAAGCAGCACAUCCUGCACUAAAAAAAGGAGAAACAAAGGGCAUUGGGGGAAUGGCAAAAAAGCUAGUUUUUCAGGCUUUCUGUGGGCUCUCCCCGCUGGUGCACACCCCUCCUUCCUUCACCCGUUCUCCACAAAAUCCCCUGCAGCUGGCUCAACUGCCUUAACCCACAAAUGUCCAGUGCUGGUCCUCUGAACUUUGUGUGUGAUCCCAUCUACCCAAUCAUCAUUGAUCACCUGUGCUGGACUUCAUUGUCAUGUGAAUAGAGAAGUACACAAAGAGGCAGUUUGUAGCCCAGCUUGUUGGAGCAGUUUCUAGUGGAGUGGACAAAACACCUCAACCUUGGAUACAGAAACCGUGACCUCCUGCUUUGGUGUUCUGUGGCUGAGGGUGCUCUAGCUGUUACACUUCCAUGCUCCCCAGGGUCGUCCCAGAGACCCUGUGAGUUGAUACUACCGCUGGGUAUUUCACUUGAUCAUGCUCUCCCAUAGCUCAGCACUUGGUAGCAGCCAUGGCUUCUUGACCAGUGCCAAUUGGUUCUCAAGCCCUUUUAUGGAGGAGAAGCAGUGGCCUCGUUCCUCCUAACAUAGUGCCAUGGUUGAAGAUCCCGAAGCUGAAAGGGAAUAUCCAUUUCAUAUGUGGGUGAUCACUACACAAAUGUGAUUUGCCUCUUCAGUCCAUUGCUCCAUGUUCUGUCCACAAGUGCUGUGGCGGAGAGUGUGCUGGAUGAGAAAGCUUGUAGGAAGCUGAUGCAUGGUCUGAUUCCAAAAGUGGCUGGUUUUUUCCUACAGUCUGUUGUACAGCACUUCAGCGUUUGUCUUGUAUUGUGUUCUGUUCUUUCUCCUUUAAACACACACCCUCACACAGCAGUAACAGCACUGAAGAUGAGGUGACUAUGCUCUAUACUCCUGCUCCUCAUGCAGUAUUGAUGGGGGUACAGAUAUAUGCACAAAGGCAAGAGUCAGCUCUGGGCAGGAACGAGUUCUUCCUUUUCCUUGGAAGCAGCUGAAGCAAUAUGCUGAGGGCCAACUCCGGGGCAAGAUGAGCAGCGUACCAGAAUUACGUGCGUGCAACUGACUGGGAUCCAAUUGUGAUGGUCAGAGGAGGGUAGCGAAUACUUGGCUGCCCUCCUUGACUGUCACUGGGAACUUAGCAGCCUGGUUGCGUCCAGUUGCUUCUGUUUCUCCAGCUCUGAGCAGGAAGGCUACUCCUCAUGUCUGUCGUGGGUUGCUGGAAAGCUUUAUAAAAGUUUCAAGAGGCCUUUCAUGUAAGAUUUCAAAUGGCUAAGGAUUGCAGUUUUUGCAGUGCAAUUCUAAGUGUAGUAACUGUCUUUCACAGGGGAAAGGGACAGUGUGUAUGUGACAGUCUACAAAAGGGAAGAUACAUUAGGAGCUAAGGAUCAGAAGAAGAUUUAAUAAGUCUGUGAGAUAGCCCUGCCAGCAUCAGCUAAUACCCAUAAGCCAGGCUAUGACUGGUGAUGUGAAAGGUUAGAAGGGAGCUUGUUUGCCCUUCCCCUCUGAAUUAAUAGAAUUUUCAUGAGAGUCAUAAUGUAGCCCAUAGAAUGAGAUCCAAAUGCUUAUGCAAGUCCUUUGCUUAAGGGAUUUUUAGGGAGUGUGCGUGUACAUGAAUGUUUAUGUAAGUCAAGUGGAAUUUCACUCACUGUAGAGAAGUGAAUUAUGCUAAUACACAGUUUUGUGUU